AGACCUGGCAUGCCUCCAUCCAGUCGUAUGACCCCGCAGGGACCAGCUAUGGGUCCUCCAGGAUAUGGGAACAGCCCGGUGUCUCGCCCAGUGAUGCCUGGCGUGAUGGACCCAUCUCGCAAGAGGCCCGCCCCCCAACAGAUUCAGCAGGUGCAGCAGCAGAACCGCAACCAGCACACAAAGAAGAAGAAGAUGGCUGAUAAAAUUCUACCUCAGAGGAUCAGGGAACUGGUCCCAGAGUCUCAGGCUUACAUGGAUCUGCUGGCUUUUGAGAGGAAGCUGGACCAGACCAUCAUGCGCAAGAGGCUGGACAUUCAGGAGGCCCUCAAGAGGCCUAUUAAGCAAAAGAGAAAGCUUCGCAUCUUCAUAUCAAACACCUUCAACCCUGCGAAGCCAGAUGCUGAGGAUGGAGAAGGCACAGUUGCUUCAUGGGAGCUACGUGUUGAAGGGCGUCUGCUGGAAGAUACGGCCGUGUCCAAGUAUGAAGCCACCAAACAGAAGCGGAAGUUCUCCUCUUUCUUCAAGUCUCUGGUGAUCGAGUUGGACAAGGACCUGUAUGGUCCAGAUAAUCACCUUGUGGAAUGGCACAGGACUGCCACCACCCAGGAGACUGAUGGUUUCCAGGUGAAGAGGCCCGGUGAUGUAGGUGUUCGCUGCACCGUCCUGCUCAUGCUCGACUACCAGCCCCCUCAGUUCAAGCUGGACCCCCGGCUGGCUCGUAUGCUGGGUAUCCACACCCAGACUAGACCUGUCAUCAUUCAGGCCCUGUGGCAGUACGUCAAGACCCACAAACUCCAAGACCCUCAUGAGCGCGAGUUCAUCAACUGUGAUAAAUACCUGCAGCAGAUCUUUGAGACUCAGCGAAUGAAGUUCUCUGAGAUCCCGCAGCGCUUGCAUGCACUCCUGAUGCCCCCAGAGCCCAUCAUAAUCAACCAUGUAAUCAGUGUGGACCCCAAUGACCAAAAGAAGACCGCUUGCUAUGACAUUGAUGUGGAGGUGGAUGACACACUGAAGACCCAGAGAGAGUUCAUGUUGAGUUUUGCCAGAGAUCCUCAGGGCUUUAUCAACGACUGGCUGCAGUCCCAGUGCAGAGACCUCAAGACCAUGACAGAUGUGGUAGGAAACCCCGAAGAAGAGCGAAGAGCAGAGUUUUACUACCAGCCAUGGGCUCAGGAGGCCGUCUGUCGCUACUUCUACUCCAAGGUAAUGUUUUUUCCUCUAGCGCCACCAUGA